AUGAGCAUGCUGAGAUACCACACCCAACCGGUCAAGACCAUGCUGGUCAAGGUGGGAACGAGGAGGAGAGAGGGAGAUAGAGACAAAGAGGUGGGUCCCGAUCAAUUGACCUAUGGUAUGGUGUUAUUGCGGUACAAGACACAUCCUAUUGACCGAGAUGUGAUUAUAGGUUUGGUCAGCAGGGAAGAACAACAAGAACAACAAGAACAACAAGAACAACAAGAACAACAAGAACAACAAGAACAACAAGAACAACAAGAACAACAAGAACAACAAGAACAACAAGAACAUCAAGAACAACAAGAACAACAAGAACAACAAGAACAACAAGAACAACAAGAACAACAAGAACAACAAGAACAACAAGAACAACAAGAACAACAAGAACAACAAGAACAACAAGAACAACAAGAACAACAAGAACAACAAGAACAACAAGAACAACAAGAACAACAAGAACAACAAGAACAACAACAACAACAACAACAACAACAACAACAACAACAACAACAACAACAACAACAACAACAACAACAACAACAACAACAACAACAACAACAACAACAACAA